AUGGCACAAGCUUUAGCUGUGGAUGCCUUUAUGCUUUUUUGCCUAGUUAGUGUAUUGGUGACAGGCACAGGUGAAGGUGAGGCUGAGAGGAGAAAAACCAUAGACAGAGAAUGUCAACCGGGCCUCUCUCCUCAUGGCCCCUGCAUCCCUCCCAGUGGCCAGCCGUGGACACAUUCCAGCCAGAGCCAGAUGUUUGCAGACCUCAGCCCAGAAGAGCUGACAGCUGUGAUGGAUUUUCUCAUCCAGGAACUGGGACCAGGGCUGGUGGAUGCAGCCCAGGCUCAGCCCUCCGACAACUGUGUCUUCUCAGUGGAGCUGCAGCUGCCCUCCAAGGCUGCAGCCUUGGCCCACCUGGACAGAGGGGGCCCCCCACCUGCUCGGGAAGCACUGGCCAUCGUCUUCUUUGGUGGACAACCUCAGCCCAAUGUGAGUGAGCUGGUUGUAGGGCCUCUGCCUCACCCCUCCUACAUGCGGGAUGUGACUGUGGAGCAUUAUGGAGGCCCGUUGCCCUAUUACAGACGCCCUGUGCUGGAAAGAGAGUAUUUGGACAUACGCCAGAUUAUCUUCAACAAAGAGCUGCCUAAGGCUGCUGGGCUCCUCCAUCACUGUUGUUUCUACAAACACCAGAGCCAAAACUUGUUGGCAAUGAACACAGCCCCCCGUGGACUACAAUCAGGGGACAGAGCUACCUGGUUUGGCCUCUACUACAAACUCUCAGGAGCUGGGUUUUUCCUGCACCCUGUGGGGCUGGAGCUGCUGGUAGACCACAAGGCCCUGGACCCUGCCCACUGGACCAUCCAGAAGGUUUUCUAUCAAGGCCGCUACUAUGACAGCCUGGUCCAGCUGGAGGAGCAGUUUGAGGCAGGCCUGGUGAAUGUGGUGCUGGUCCCAGACAAUGGCACAGGUGCGUCCUGGUCCUUGAAGUCCCCGGUAGCCCCUGGUGUGGCUCCUCCUCUGCAGUUCUAUCCCCAAGGUCCUCGCUUCAGUGUCCAGGGGAGCCAAGUGUCCUCUCCAUUGUGGACUUUCUCCUUUGGCCUGGGAGCUUUCAGCGGUCUGAGGAUCUUUGACAUCCGGUUCCAAGGAGAGAGAGUGGCCUAUGAAGUGAGCGUCCAGGAGGCCUUGGCAGUGUAUGGUGGGAAUUCCCCUAUUGCUCUGCAAACCUGGUAUAUAGAUAGUGCCUUUGGCUUAGGCCACUUCUCAACACCCUUAACUCGUGGAGUUGACUGCCCCUACGUGGCCACCUAUGUGGACUGGCACUUCCUUUUGGAGUCCCAGACCCCCAAAACUCUACGUGAUGCCUUUUGUGUGUUUGAACAGAACCAGGGUCUUCCACUGCGGCGACACCACUCAGAAUUCGACUCUUACUAUUUUGGGGGCCUUGGGGAGACAGCGUUAGUGGUCAGAUCUGUUUCUACCAUGCUCAACUAUGACUAUGUAUGGGAUAUGAUCUUCCAUCCCAAUGGGGCUAUAGAAGUCAAGGUCCACACCACGGGCUAUAUCAGUUCAGUGUUCCUCUUCGGUGAUGCCCUAAGGUAUGGAAACCGAGUUGGGGAGCACACGCUGGGCACGGUUCACACCCACAGUGUUCACUUCAAGGUGGAUCUGGAUGUGGCAGGACUAGAGAACUGGGUCUGGGCAGAGGACAUGGCCUUUGUCCCUACAGCGGUGCCCUGGAAUCCUGAGUAUCAGAUACAGAGGCUGCAGGUGACCCGGAAGCUGCUGGAGACAGAGGAACAGGCUGCUUUCCCCAUGGGAGGUCCCAUCCCCCGCUACGUGUACCUGGCUAGCAAUCUCAGCAACAAGUGGGGUCACCCACGGGGCUACCGCAUCCAGACACUCAGCUUUGCUGGGAAACCAGUGCCCCAGGAGAGCUCCAUGGGAAAAGCCUUCAGCUGGGUGAGGUAUCAGCUGGCAGUGACUCAGCGGAAGGAGGAAGAGUCCAGUAGCACAAGCAUCUACAAUCUGAAUGAUCCCUGGACACCUACUGUGGACUUCACCAACUUCAUCAACAACGAGAGCAUUGCAGGGCAGGACUUGGUGGCCUGGGUGACAGCUGGAUUUCUGCACAUCCCCCAUGCAGAGGAUAUUCCCAACACGGUGACUGUGGGGAAUGGAGUGGGCUUCUUCCUCCGGCCCUACAACUUCUUUGAUGAGGACCCUUCCUUCUCCUCUGCUGAUUCCAUCUAUUUCCGGGCAGACCAGGAUGCUGGGGCCUGUGAGGUCAAUCCCCUGGCUUGUCUGUCCCAGACUGCUGCUUGUGCCCCCAGCCUCCCUGCCUUCUCCCAUGGGGGUUUCUCUCACAACUAGGUGGU